UUCGGUGGCUCCAAGGCGGCUCGGAUUGAAUUUCGAAUUUUUAUUUAAAAUUAAAAUUGUUUUAUAAAAUAUCUUGUAGCUUUAUCAAUAUGUCGAAUGAUUUAAUCGAUACUGUUCGGAACUAUUUAGCUUCUCACCAUAUGUUUGUUGUUGACGAAUGGUUGUCAGGGUUUAUAGAGUAUUUUACCGAAGAAAAUGGCACUAGCAAUAUAAGAGAGAUACAGAACUGUGCUAGAGAGCAGUGGCUUCUAAAUAACUUGAGUGAUAUAUGCCCAGGAUCGCUGCCAGCUAAUAUAAACAACCAGCACAAACAUGUCCUCAGUGGGAAAUUUGUUCUUCAGAUUAAUGCUGCUGUUGACAUUGGUACCCCUGCAUACCAGCAGUAUUUAAAACUAAAGAAGGUUAAUAUGGAGAAUGUUGAAGCCACAAUAAAUUACGAAGAUAAAGUUCCUAGUCAUAGAAUGAUGAAAUUGUAUAUGACAGAUGGAAAACAAGAGAUCUCAGGCAUUGAAUACAAACCCAUGAGAAACAUCAGCUGUGACAUAACACCUGGCUGCAAAGUUAUGAUAAAAGGACCUGUGGAGUGUCGCCGCGGUGUUAUUCUCCUGACCGAGGCAAAUGUUGAGCUUCUGGGUGGUGAGGUGGAAGACAUAGUCAGGACCAACUCACUUCACGGAAUCUUGGCUGCUAAGUUUGGAUCAUUGAAUCUUCCAGAACCCGAUGCUAACGUAAUAAAUAUCGGAAUAAGAAACCCUACUAUUCCUCAUAUAGACACUGCAAGAAACAAUAAUAAUCAAUUUAAUUCCCAUUCAAAUUCAUCAGUAGAACUAAGAAACCUCAAUGCUCCUCAUAUAGACACAGUUAGAAACAAUGAUGCUCAAUUCAACUUACAUUCCAAUUCAUCCUCUGAACCUCCACCGGCAAAUUUCGGAGACGAUGAUAUAGAUUUUGAGCAGAUCGAGGCAUUAGAAGCUCAAUUCACUGACAAUCCAGUCAAAAGACCAAUGCUAGAUGACAAUCCGAAACCUGAAAAAAAAUUAAAAAUCACCCCCGAACCAGCAAACACAGUAGACGAUUAUCCAAAUGAAGAUGAUCUAUUUCAAGACGAAGACGACUAUUUUAGGGAUAUGGAAGCUGAUUUGAUCACUCAUGAGCAAGCAAAUCCAUUUGUACAAAUCAAAGAUAUUAUUAGUUUACCUGAGGAAAGAAGAAAAGGGAAGGUAUAUAAAAUUAAAGGACAGAUAAUGAGGUUGCUUUCUAAGCUGUCUGUUGGGAAAGAUGGGUGGAGUUUGAGGUGUACGAUAGUUGAUGAUAAUGAUGAUAGCAGUAGUUUAGAUGUGGAAUUCACGAGUGAUGUUCUGUCGGAAGUGGUAGGUUAUACGCCGCAGGAGAUGAAUCAAAUCAAAAAGCAGAUGGCGACGCAACCGGAACUGAAGGAGAAGGCUGUUUUGGCCCUGGAAAAAGCAAAGGACACAUUACAACUGAAGUGUGUUAUAGAGCUUACCAUGAUGGAACGACCAACUAUAACUAAAUUUACGCCACUAGAAGAAUUACGGUGAUUUAAAAUUAUGUAAAUAGAGAGAAUUAUUAAUGUAAAUAAACUACUUGUUAGUUCUAUAGUUUGUGCAUUUUAAG